AUGGGGUCUGCUUACAAUCCUUCCGCCUACUACAAUUCACAGCACCACCAGCAGCAGCAGCAGCAACCGCCGCAGCAGCCGUCGGCUGGUUCCCAGGCGAACACCCGACAGUUUCUGAACGGAAUUUUGGAGCAGAGAGGUCCGGGGGCUUUGCCUUAUAACGAGGGCGACAAGUGGCUUAUCCGCGAACAGCUGGCGUUCACUACUCAGACCUUCUCUGGUCUGCAGGUCCGUCCCGCCACGUUCACGCACAACGACGGGCGACAGGUGCAGCUAUUGCAGCUCGAAGGCACCAUACCUAUGUGGUACAAGGAGGUUAAGUACAAUAUCCCCAUCACCAUGUGGCUACUCGAGCAGUUCCCGCGCGCCGCUCCCCUCGUUUACGUCACGCCCACGCGGGAUAUGAUCAUACGGCCGAAUCACUCGCACGUGAAUGCCUCGGGAUUGGUCGACGUGCCGUUUCUGCGCGAGUGGGUGUACCAGCGCUCGACUGUAGUCGACCUGUUGCAAGUUUUGUCGGUCAUGUUCGGGCAGGAGCCGCCGCUGUACUCCCGCCAGCCCGCGCAUGCGGCGGCUGCGACGCAGGCGCGCCCGCCAGAUGGUGCGCGGAUUGGGCCAGCAGGGCCGGGCGGGAGAGAGAGAGGCAUCAGCGGAAGCGGCAGUGGUGGUGGUGGAGGGGGAGUGGUGGGAGGAGGGGUCGGUGCGUACGCGCAGCAGCAGCAGCAUCAGCAGCAGCAGCAUCAGCAGCAGCAACAUCAGCAACAGCAGCAACAGCAACAGCAGCAGCAGCAGUACGGGCAGUAUAAGGGAACGUUUGCACGGUCUGGUGCUGCCCCGACAGGAGGCGCAGCAGCAGGCGCAGCAGGAGCAGCGCCGACAGCAGGAGGCACAGGGGGAGCGGGAGGCGCGGCGGUAAGAAGCGCGUCCGGACAGGGAGCAGGCGCAGGAGGCGCUGGAGCAGCAGCAGCAGCAGGGGCGGCCGCGGCGGCGGCGGCGGCAGGGAGAGCAGAAUCUGGGAAGAGCAAGGGCGAGGAGGCGAAGGAAGUGUUUAGAAAGGCGGCUGUUAUAUCCCUGUCGGUGCAGCUGAGCGCGGACGUGAGUGAGAGCUUGCAGACGGCGAAUCGGCUGAUGGAGGAGCAGCUGGGGCUGCAGCAGAUGCUGGGCGCGCGCAAGGAGCAGGCCAGCGGGGUGGUGAGGGAGCUCGAGCGGGAGAAGCAGGCGCUGGAGGAGUCGCUGCAGGUCCAACAAACCAACGCCGAUGUCAUGGAAUCAUGGCUAGCACAGAACGCUUCCUCCUCCACCACCAGUACCACCACCACAACAACAACCACUACCACCGUCACCACCAGCGGCACCACCACCACCACCUCCUCUACCCAACCCACUGACACCGCUGCAAUCGACAUUGAUUCGGCCUUCCAGCCCUGUGAUUCUCUCUCGGCUCAGCUGCUCAAGCACACGGCAGCAGACCUAGCUAUAGAAGACGUGCUUUACUCCCUAGACCGGGCCCUUCAGGAGGAGCGGGGGCACGAUGAGUACGACCCUUCAUCUGCCAACUCGCGCCGGCGAAUCCUGACCGUUGAUGCGUACCUGAGGCAUGUGAGGAUCUUGGCCAAGGAGCAGUUUCUGCAGCGGGCAACGGCGCUGAAAGUGCAAGCGGUGCAGAGGAUUUUCUCCCUGUCGCCUUUCCCAUCGUCGUCCUCGUCGACGGUUGCUCUCUCCCUGAAAUGCCCGCCUCCUAACGCCUUUCUUCUCUCCCCUCCCAUCGCCUGCUCGCUCUCCCUCCCGUCGCCUUCUUCUCUCCCCUUGGUCGCCUGCUCGCUCUCCCUCCCGUCACCUUCUUCUCUCCCCUCCCGUCGCCUUCGCGCUCUCUCCCCCGUUGCCUUCGCGAUCUCCCUCCCGUCGACUGCGCGCUCUCCCUCCCGUCGCCUUCGCGCUCUCUCCCUCGUGGCCUUCUCGCUCUCCGUCCCAUCGCAUGGGCGCUCUCCCUCCCGUCGCCCUUGCAAUUUCCCCUCUCUUCCCGUCGCCCACUUCAUCUCCUAUCGCUCACGUCCUCCCUUCCCGUCGGCAUCGCGCUCACGUUCCUCCCUACACUCGACAUCGCCCUCACGUCCUCCCGUCCCACCCCAUCGUUCGCCUCCUCUCUCCCAUCCCGUCGUUCACCUCUUCUCCCCUCCCACACCAUCGUUCGCUUCCUCUCCCCUCCCAUCCCGUCGUUCGCCUCCUCUCCCCUCCCAUCCCGUCGUUCCUCCUCUCUCCCCUUUCUUCCCGUCGCUUUUGCACUCUCCCCUCCCAUCCGCUGGUUAUUACCUUGCCAAACUUAUUUUCUCCACCCUUUUUUUUUAA